AAUUAAUUUAGAAAUUGAAUAAACUUGGGUCCUUCUAUUUUUAUAUUUUCUUUUUCUAAUAAAUACAAAAAAUCUUGUCCGCCUUGUCCUUGUCUUUUCCCUUUCUAACCUCAAAGUUUUCUCAUCAGCUGUCACAAUAAUUGGUCAUUUCUUUUAGACACAAAAUAUAUUGAAAGGGAUUGUAAAAUAUAUGAAAAAAAUAAUAAAAAAAAAUACUGUCAAAUGCAGUGAAACCUUGGGGAUACAUAUAUGUCAAAAGAUGGAAUUUGAAUAACAUUUAAAGUGACGCGCAUAUGUGAUAGUGAGUUAAGAGAAAAAAAAAUUUGUCACAUUUUUUUUAGGUGAAUUUUUUUCACCGUAAAAACAAUCUGUCAAAAAUGAAGAAAAAGGUGCUUUUGAUGGGAAAAAGCGGCUCGGGGAAGACGAGCAUGAGGAGUAUUAUAUUCGCUAAUUAUAUUGCGAGAGACACUCGUCGUCUUGGUGCCACUAUCGACGUUGAGCACAGUCAUGUGCGUUUCCUUGGGAAUUUGGUAUUAAAUCUUUGGGAUUGCGGCGGACAGGAGGCAUUUAUGGAAAAUUAUUUUGCAUCCCAACGUGACAAUAUUUUCAGGAAUGUGGAAGUUUUAAUUUAUGUUUUUGACGUUGAAUCGAGAGAAUUGGAUAAGGAUAUGCAUUAUUAUCAGAGUUGUUUGGAAGCCAUUUUACAAAAUAGUCCUGAGGCGAAGAUAUUUUGUUUAGUACACAAAAUGGAUUUAAUUCAAGACGAUCAACGAGAUUUAAUUUUUAAAGAGCGUGAGGAGGAUUUAAGGAGAUUGAGCUUACCUUUAGAAUGUACUUGUUUUAGAACUAGCAUAUGGGACGAGACACUUUAUAGAGCCUGGUCCUCGAUUGUUUACAUGUUGAUACCAAAUGUCAAAGAAUUGGAGCAAAGUCUUAACCAAUUUGCAAAUAUUAUCGAUGCAGAUGAAGUUUUACUUUUUGAACGAGCCACUUUUCUGGUAAUAAGUCACUGUCAGCGACGAUUUCAUCGAGACGUGCAUCGUUUUGAGAAAGUUUCUAAUAUAAUAAAGCAGUUCAAAUUAAGUUGCAGCAAAUUAGCGGCGCAAUUUCAAAGUAUGGAAGUGAGAAAUACGAAUUUUGCAGCUUUCAUUGACGUUUUCACAUCGAAUACUUACGUUAUGGUCGUAAUGUCAGAUCCAGCGAUUCCCUCUGCAGCGACACUGAUAAAUAUAAGAAAUGCAAGGAAACAUUUUGAGAAGUUGGAACGCGCGAGUCAAAGUUCAGUCUUAAGUAGAUAGAAGUCAGUUCGACCCAGGCGCGUCGUCACCCGGGUCUCGACAAUAAAUCGACAUUAAUUUUCAAGAACAAAUGACUGAGAAAUAUAUUAUCGCCAAGAUUAAUCCACAAUCUCUCUCUUCUCUCUCUAUUUCUCCUCAUUCUUUCUAUUUCAUUUCUCCGCUUUUAAGGAAAAAGAAAAAUCUUUAAAAAAAAAUCAUAAUUGCCAAAAGAAACCGGACAUGUGGAGUUUUGCGUCAAAUGCAAAAAAAAGUAACUAUCUAACUAAAACCAUAGACGAAAAAAAUUGAAAAAGUGAUUGAAAAUGUUAGAAUACGCGAUGCUCCACUAGUUUUAGAUUUUAAGAUUGAGCAUUCGUGACAAUUAGAAAUUUGUAAGUCGUACUAGAAGUUAGAAAAAAUGUUACAGUAAUUUUUCAGUAAAUUGAUUGACAGUAAACAAUUUUUUUUUGCUAUAAUUUCUGGUAAAUUAUAGUAAACAUGAAUUUAAUUUUUCAAUAAAUUGAUUUACAAUAAUUAUCAGUAAUUCGUGGUUAAAAACCGAAUUUGCUGAAUUUCAGUAAAUUCAGUAAAUAAAAGUAACUUAAAUUUAUUUAUUAAAAUAAUAAAUAAAUUUAUAACAAUUAAUAAUAAAUAAAAUGAACUAAAUUCGAGUAAAUUGACUAAUCAACAGAGUUGGUGGACUUUUUUUUCAAUUCAGAGGUUCUAGUCUUUGGCUACUGCCCUUUCAAGUGCGAAUUCAUUUUUAUGAAUGAUUAUUUUAUACGUUUAAAUAAACACAGACUUUCCAUAAAAUGUAUAUGUAGAAAAAAAUUGGAAAUUUAUUUUUUAGUUUUCCUUUUCUUUUCUGAUAGUUGAAUAUUUAGUAAUAAAAAAAGGAAUUGUAUCAUUUUGAAUGAAGUAUUUUUUAAAAAUCCUACAUUUGGCGUAUCAUUCUUUCUCCAGUUAAUUAAUUUUUGCCUUUUUGCUCAUGUCAAAUUAUGUACGAAAGAAUUAUGCGCUAAAAUUAUUAUUAUGAAUGGCUGAUAAGAAAAAAAAUAGAAUUUGAUGGUUUGUAAGAAUUUUUGGAUACUUUUGUCACACGUGAUCGUUGGGAGAUAAUAAUGUAUUUUUUAAAUGUAAAACUAAUAAACUGAUUCCCCGAGAAUAAAUUUAUUUCUGUU